GGCAACACAUGGCACCCCGCCGCGCGCUGCCCUCCGCCGCGGCGGCCUCCGCCGCGGCGGCCUCCGCCGCCGCGGCCGCCGCCGCCGCGGCGCGCGGCGGCGCGCCCGGGGCCGCCGCCUGGGCGGGGAGCCGCGCGGCCGGCGAGGGCUGCCGCGCGGCCGCGCGCGGCGGCGGGCCCACCGCGCACGGCGGCCACCGCGGCCCGCCCGCGGCGCGGCCGCGGCCGCGGGCGGCGGCCUCGGAGCACGCGGCCGCGGCGGCCGCGGUCGUGGCAGGCACCGCGGGCGCCGCCGCUCUCGGCAGGCGGGCCCGCCGGCGCGGGCGGGUCGCGGCCUGCGUGCUGCCGGACGGGACGAACGAGGAGGGGGAGGACAUCGAGCGGCCGCUGGGCCUGACCCGUGGUGACCUGGAGAGGGUGGUGCUCUACGGACAGGACGCGUCCCCGCCCUGCGUCAAGAUCCAGACCAUGCUGCAGUACUACGGUGUGCCCUUCGAGAUGGUGAAGGGCCGGCACCCCACUUCCGACUACAAGAAGAUCCCCGUCAUCGAGCUGAACGACCGCCAGGUGAACGACUCCCACGUCAUCGUGCGGAACCUGGUGCCCGUGCUGACUGGCCGCUCCUUGACGGAGGAGGAGCUCGAGUGGGAGCGGAGGAUCACCUUUGAGUUCCAGCCCUCCUUCGAGGUGGAGCUCUUCGGCAACGGCGGCGACCUGGCGAAGUUCGUGGGCGUCGAAGGCUGGCAGGCCGGGCUGCUCGGGCUCGCGUCGGGGCCCAUCAGCGCACUGGUGGGCUCCGUCUUCCGGUCGCGCUACGGGGACCUCCCCGCGGCGGCGGCCUGGGGCAGGGACUUCCAGCAGGCGCUCGGCGACCGGCCCUUCUACCACGGCCAGGCGCCGGGGCCCAUAGACCUCAGCCUCUACGGCACCUACGUGCGCUUCGAGGAGAAGGGCUGCCAGACGUCGGCCGACUUCCUGGGCAGCAGCGGUCUCCGGGCGUGGCACGAGCGGAUGGUGCGGGCGGUGGAGGCCGGAGCGCCGGCUGCGGCCGCCGCGUGA